CCAUCAUUUGGUUAUUUUAUUAGAUCACCAGAGAAGAGAGAACCUAUUGCUUUAAUAAGAAAAUCUGAUGUGUCAAGGAGUAAUUUGGAAAAAGGAAUGCCUCAUUUUAUCCAUGAUCAGUUUUCAGGAGAUUUAAAUGAACAAUCCCAGGCACAACUAAACGAAGGAUCAAUUACACUUCAGGUUGAAGAACUGGAGAGUAAUUCACAAGUGGAUGAAAAUGAUGUGACGUUAACUGCCGAUAAAGGGAAAACAGAGGACACUUUCUUCAUGAAAAACAAACUCCAAGGAUACAAAGACAAGCUGCCUGGUAGUGGUGAUUCUGUGCUGAGUAUAAGCACCAUUGCUUCAGCCAUUGCGGAUGCCUCAGUUAGUGCUGAUCCUUCUCAGCUUGCUGCCAUGAUCAAGGCACUUUCAAAUAAAACCAGAGAUAAGGCUUUUCCGGAAGAUGAUAAACAGAAGGACUGUUCUAAUGUGUCUCAUUUCUUACCUAAUGAUUUAGAAAAAAGUAAUGGAUCCAGUGCGUUUGAUAUGGAGAAAUACCUUAAAAAAACAGAAGUUAGUAGAUGUGAAGGUGGAUUGGAAAACUUUUCAAGAUGUAGUAUGUCUGAUAUUUUGGAUUCAUCUUUGCCAAAAGAACAAAUUAAAGACAUCCAUACAAUGGACUUAGGUGCUACUGAUGUAAGUGUAAGGGAACCAAAAGAAAACAUAGCAGCUAUUUUUUGUGGUGAAAAUGGAGAGAGUGAGAACCAGGAAUCGUUUAGAACUGUAAACUCUUCAAGUUCAGUGCUUACAAAUAUGAGAGACAAUGAGAGUGCAGCAGUUGAUUUGAAAACAAAUUCCAUUGACAACAAAUUACCAGAUAUUGGUAACAGUGAAAAAGCUACCUCACUUUCCACUGCCACAGCUAAUACGUAUUCAUCAGUAAGGAACCCCAGAACAACAUCCCUUUGGCUGUCAGAAGAGUGUGAAGAAAUACAAGAUGAUAGAGAGAAUCAGAACAGAAAUGAGUAUGUUAGUGAAACAAGCGACACUGAAAAGCAUGUGACUUUUGAAAAACAUUGUGUAGUCUCACCUAAAAAUACUGAUAUGAAAAAUGCCUCUGCUGAGCAUGGUGGACAUGGCAAAGAGGAGGACCAUGAAAGAUUUAGACCUUCCACUUCACCACUUAGUCACUCUUCUCCCAGUGACAUUUCUGGAACAAGUUUAUCAGGGUGUGCUGUAGAGUCUUUUGGUUCAACAGCACAUCAUCAGAAGCCCCCCUGUGAGAGUGAGUUGUCUCAGUUGACAUAUACGCAUGCUAGUGUGAGCAGGCUGACCUAUGUGUCUGAACAAGAGAGCAGCUAUCCUACCACAGCUACAGGUUAUGACCCAGAGGACCAUAAGAGUGAUAUCACCAGUGAGUUGAGCACCACGAUUAUUCAAGCCAGUCCAGCUCCAUCAGAGGAACAGGCUGUGGAAAAGUCAAGAGAAAACGUUCCACUUCAGAGUAGAGGAAAAGGAACAUUAUCAUCUAUUAUCCAGAUCAACAAUGAUAUGAAAAAACUGAUUGAAACUACUUCUCUGGAUAGCAAACUCGAAGACAUAAAAUCUAACUUUAGAGCCAGUAAAGAUUCUUCCUCCAAAAAUGGAGAUCUGUCAGAAACAAGUCAGGUAGGUUUGACACUAAACCCCAGUGAAUUGGACCUGAUCAGUUUGGCUCUCCUUAGAAAGUCAGGUCUGAGCCCUCGGGCUGGGGCAGCCAUGUCACACCUCCCUGUGUCAUGCCAGGAGUCUGUGAGAGAAGAUCAAAGAAUAACCUCUACAGAUAUGUCAACUGCCAGCAGUGAAUUCUGUGGCCCAGUCACUAAUGGGCCCACCUCUGGAACCCAGCAUAUGCCUGUUCCCAGUGUCAUGGUUCCUGGUUGUGCUGCUGCGAUGCAGAACGUGCCGGCUGCAGCUCCUAUGCUCUUGACUCCACAUUCUCUUAGCACAGCUUCCUUUGCCCAGCAGUAUUUGGGAGCACUGUCUUCAGCUGGAAGUGUUGCUUUCCCUCAGUGCCAUGCUGGCAGCGCCACAGUCUGUGGGUUCUCAGGAAGCUGUCCUUACCCUGCAGUCCCAGGAGAGCAUGUGCAGAACUCGGUGGCUGUGGGACUUUGUCUAGGACCAAAUAUCGGCUCUGGAUUGAUGAGUACCUCUUCCCUUUGUAACCCAUAUUCUAAUGCCUUAAAUCAGAACCUGCUAAGCACAGCAAAACCUUUUCCUGUGCAAUCUGUUGGUGCAAAUUGUGGAAUUGAACCGUGGGAUUCAGGAAUGAUGUCAGGAUUUGGGAAUGUAAGAGUACCUGAGGAGCUGCAGUUUCCUCAUGCUUGCUGUGUCGGUAUUGCUUCACAAACUCAUCUUAGUGCACUCAAUCCAACUGACCGCUGGCUGCAAGUCAGCAUUGGGGUUCUCAGUGUUAGCGUUAAUGGUGAAAAGGUGGAUCUUUCAACAUAUCCUUGUUUAGUUUUUAAGAAUAAAGUCAUCAUAAGACCUCAUGCCACAGAAGAGAUAAAAGUACUUUUUAUACCAUCUGAUCCUGGGAUUUUCCGAUGUAUAUUCAGUGUUGCUUCUUGGCCGUUUUCGGCAGAUGUUGAGACGAUAGCACAAGCGGAAGCUUUGGCAAGCAGAGUCGUUCUCACUGCUAUCGCCGAGACCCCUGCCAUUGAGGUAACUGUAAAUGAAUCUUUGUCAUACCUGUAA